UUAUCAAUAAUCAUUGGCUAUGUUUUCAAUUCAGUCGUAUUAGUGUACGUGUUGGUGUUUAUGAUUGAGUGUCUAACGUCCAACGCGACAGCGAAGGGCAAAUGUUGCCUUCGGUGAACGUGUGUGUUUGAUGUGCUUAAUGGUGUUGAUGCUAGGGCUUCAGUUCGCCUAGCUACUCCCGGAAUGUGCGGAAGUGAUAAUCGAGUGCAAAGUUGGCCCAGCAUAGAAGCAGCAAGACCAUCCCAGUAAACCAGCCACUCAGCCACGGACUGCCGAAACCAUCUUUUUGGUGGUGGCGGUGCGGACGAGAUUGCUUCAGCAACAAGUGAAAGAAUAAUUCAUACUUGAAUUACUACGAGUGAAUCAUUAAAAGACGUUCUCACAUCUUUGGAAAUGGAUCAUAAAUUCGGACAAUGUUAGGCUGGUAUUAUUAAGGAAAAUACUCCGUCAAUUCUAUGACCUCAUUCAGUAUUGCACGGUCUGUGUUAUAUAGAGGCGAAAUUGAUGCAUGUAAAAUAAAAAAAAAGAAAGGACGUUUAGUAACAACUUCCCGAAAAUAUCAGCCUGCACUUUGUCAAAACUGCUUGGCAAGGUUCUCAUAGAGUCCUGAAGCAUUGACGCACUAAGAUAAUUUCCAAAGAGAGAAAGAUACAUUGAGAAAACAUUUCCACGUUCGGAAAUGGGGCUGCGGGUGGUCGAUUCGGCCGCAGCCUUACUGUUGGCUAUAUUCGUCACACUUUUUCUGCUGGCUGAGGUACCAAGGAGUGUAAAAGCAUCACACCCUCCGGAGAUCAUCAAAAAACCAGUAAACCAGGGCGUGCGAGUUGGCGGAGUGGCAACAUUCUUCUGUGAAGCUCAUGGAGAUCCUCAACCAACGGUUAUAUGGCGCAAAAAUAGCAAAAAAAUAAUGAUGACCCAGUCACGGUACACGGUGUACGACGCUAAUGGAGUUUCAAUGUUACGUAUCGAACCGGUGCGUGCUGGACGCGACGAUGCACCGUACGAGUGUGUGGCGGAAAAUGGCGUUGGAGAUGCAGUCUCAGCCGAGGCGACGCUGACCGUUUAUGAAGGAGAAAAAACACCGGCCGGAUUCCCCGUGAUCAGCCAAAUCCCCACGAUUCGUGUAAUUGAAACGGGUCAUACGGCCGUGAUGCAGUGCAAGGCAACCGGGUCGCCACCGCCAAAGAUCUACUGGAUAAAAGACAUGAAGCAUGUUGAUAUGACCAAUCCACGCUACAGCAUCAACAGCGAAGGAAGCCUUCAGAUUGACAACAGCGAGGAAAGUGACAUGGGCAAGUACGAGUGUGUCGCCGAAAACUCCGUUGGAACCGAGCACACCAAACCGACGCCGCUGUACGUGAAGGUUCGCCGAGUACCGCCGACAUUUUCGCGUCCCCCAGAACCCGUGUAUGAGGUCAUGCUUGGGGCGAACCUUACGCUCACCUGCGUGGCCGUUGGGUCCCCGAUGCCAAACGUCAAAUGGCGCAAGGGCGUUGAUCAGGAUUUGACACCGGAAAACGACGUCCCGGUUGGGCGGAACGUGCUGGAGCUGAUUGACAUACGCGUCAGUACUAAUUACACCUGCAUAGCUCAAUCCAACCUCGGUGUCAUCGAAGCUACCUCACUGGUCAAAGUUCAAUCAUUGCCAGCUGCGCCGACGGAUGUGACUAUCUCAGAAGUAACCGCGACACAGGUGCGCCUGGAGUGGUCCUACAAGGGCUCGGAAGAUCUCCAAUACUACGUCAUACAGUACAAGCCGAAGAACGCAAAUCAGGCGUUCAGUGAGAUCAGUGGUAUCAUAACGAUGUUCUACGUAGUACGUACGCUCAGUCCGUACACCGAGUAUGAGUUCUACGUUAUCGCGGUGAAUAAUAUUGGCCGCGGACCACCGUCGUUGCCGGCCACAACGACCACCGGGGAGACAGAAAUGGAAAGUGCUCCGAGAAACAUCGAAGUGAAACCGUUAAGCUCGUCGACAAUGCUUAUAACGUGGGAACCACCUGAGACCCCUAAUGGACAAGUGACUGGAUAUAAGGUAUACUAUACCACAACCCCAAACCAACCCGAAGCGUCGUGGGACUCGCAGAUGGAAACCAACGAUAUGACGACCAUUUCGGAGCUGACUCCACACGCGAUUUAUACGAUACGGGUGCAGGCAUUCACCUCCAUGGGUGCCGGUCCACUGUCCAACCCGGUACAAGUCAAGGCACAACAAGGCGUUCCCUCGCAACCAAGCAACUUUCGGGCCACCGAUGUCGGCGAAACAGCUGUCACCCUGCAAUGGUCCCGGCCGACUCACUCGGGCGAGAACAUCGUACACUACGAGCUGUACUGGAAUGACACUUAUGCAAACGAGCAGCAUCAUCAACGAAUUCCGAACACCGAGACCUACACCCUGAGCAGCCUCUACCCGGACACGCUGUACUACUUCUGGCUGUCGGCGCGGUCCCAACGUGGCGAGGGUGCCACUACUCCGCCAAUUCCGGUGCGCACGAAACAGUACGUACCCGGUGCACCACCUCGUAAUGUAACUGUCGAAGCCACAAGUCCAACCACUAUCAACGUAUCCUGGCUGCCACCACCGGUCGAACGAUCGAAUGGGGCCAUAGUUUAUUAUAAGGUGUUCUUCGUCGAGGUUGGGCGAACGGAUAGUGAGGCUACAGUAACCACCCUCAACUCGACUAGCCUCGUCCUGGACGAGCUAAAGCGUUGGACGGAGUACAAGAUUUGGGUCCUAGCCGGAACCUCCGUUGGUGACGGACCUCGAUCGUACCCGUACACGGUUCGCACACAUGAAGACGUGCCCGGAGACCCGCAGGAUGUCAAGGCAAACCCAGUCAAUUCGACGACCAUCUUCGUCACGUGGAAACCACCGAAGGAGAAAAACCGCAACGGCAUCAUACGAGGCUAUCACAUUCACGUGCAGGAAAUGAGGGACGAGGGCAAAGGACUGUUGAAUGAACCGAUGAAGUUCGAUGUCGUCGAUGGGCUAGAAUACAACGUCACGGGGUUGCAACCGGACACGAAAUACUCCGUCCAGGUGGCCGCACUCACCCGCAAAGGAGACGGUGACCGUAGCGCACCGAUAUCGGUAAAAACUCCCGGCGGUGUCCCGAUACGACCAACCGUGACGCUGAAGAUCCUCGAGCGCGAUCCAACCGUCUCGAUCGAGCUUGACUGGGAACGUCCGAUACAGACGUACGGUGAACUGCGAGGGUACCGCGUCCGGUGGGGCGUCCGCGAACAAGUCCUACAGGAAGAGAUCCUCCAGGACACGCGAUUGAACGUGAAACGCAUCAACGACCUGGAGCGUGGUGUUGAGUACGAGUUCCGUGUGGCGGGUAUGAACCACAUCGGCAUCGGUCAGGAAGCGGUGAAGCUUCUCCAAACACCGGAAGGCUCACCGACCGGUCCACCCACCAACAUAGCCGUACGGUUCCAAACACCGGACGUGGUGUGCAUCACCUGGGAGCCACCGACGCGGGAACAUCGCAACGGGCAAAUCACGCGCUACGACGUGCAGUUCCACAAGAAGAUCGAUCACGGACUCGGAACCGAACGAAACACAACCGUCCGCAAGGCGGUGUUCACAAAUUUGGACGAAAGCACCGAGUACAUCGUGCGGGUGCGUGCCUACACCAAACAGGGUGCCGGUCCGUUCAGCGAAAAGCUCGUUAUUGCGACCGAACGUGACAUGGGACGGGCACCGUUUUCGGUGCAAGCCGUAGCCACCUCGGAGCAGACGGUCGAAGUCUGGUGGGAACAGGUGCCAUCGCGAGGCAAACUCGUCGGUUACAAGAUCUUCUACACCAUGACGGCGGUCGAGGAUCUGGACGAGUGGCAAACCAAGGUGGUCGGUGUGACGGAAUCGGCCGAUCUGAUCAACCUGGAAAAGUUCGCCCAGUAUGCGGUCGCCAUCGCAGCCGUGUACAAAACGGGCCUGGGAAAGCUCAGCGAAAAAGCCACCGUCAAAGUGAAGCCCGAAGAUGUGCCACUGAACCUGCGCGCGCACGAUGUCAGCACACACUCCAUGACACUGAGCUGGGCUCCACCGAUCCGGCUCAAUCCGAUCAACUACAAGAUCUCGUUCGAUGCGGUGAAGGAAUUCGUCGACUCGCAGGGCAUAUCGCAGAAGCAGAUCCUGCAGCGGAAAGAGAUCGUGCUGAAGAGCCACGUCAAGUCGCACACGAUCAACGAGCUGUCACCCUUCACGACGUACUUCGUGAACGUCAGUGCGAUCCCGACCGAUUACACGUACAAACCGCCGGCGAAGAUCACCGUCACUACGCAGAUGGCAGCUCCCCAGCCGAUGGUGCAGCCCGACUUCUACGGUGUUGUAAACGGCGAAGAGAUCCAGGUGAUACUGCCACAAGCGUCCGAGGAGUACGGUCCGAUCUCGCACUACUACCUGAUCGUGGUACCCGAGGACAAGGCGAAUCUGCACAAGAUACCGGACCAGUUCCUGACGGAGGAGCUGCUGGCAUCACGCCCCAAGCUAGACCGCCCGAAUGCGCCCUACAUCGCGGCCAUGUUCCUGCAGCGUAACAUCCCGUACACGUUCCACCUGGGUUCGGGCGAAACUAAUCACAAUUUCACCAACAAAAAGCUGGAACGCGGAAAGCGCUACCGGAUCUUCGUUCGUGCCGUUGUCGACACUCCCCAGAAGCAUCUGUACACGUCGAGCCCGUUCUCGGAGUUCCUCGCGCUGGACAUGAAGGAAGCCCCGACGGGUGAACCACCGCAUCGUCCUAACCCGAACGUGCCGCAAGAUCCGGAGAUAUUGAUCCGGGGUAAAAACGAGGAACCCGGUAUGCUGCGAGUCAUCGGUCCGAUCAUUGCCGCCCUGGUGCUGUGUGCCUGCUUUUUGGUGGUGUACUUCGUACGUCGCCGACGUCAACCAUGCAAGGCACCGGAUCAAGCGGCCGUUACGCGGCCACUGAUGGCGGCCGAUCUGGGCGCAGGUCCAGCUCCCACCGAUCCGGUCGAUUUGCGACGACUCAACUUCCAGACACCGGGCAUGAUCAGUCACCCGACGAUUCCGAUCUCGGAGCUGACGAACCACGUCGAGCGGCUGAAGGCGAACGAUAACUUGAAGUUUUCGCAGGAGUACGAAAGCAUCGAACCGGGCCAACAGUUCACGUGGGAUCACUCCAACAUGGAGGUGAACAAACCGAAGAACCGCUACGCCAACGUAACCUCGUACGAUCACUCGCGCGUGAUACUGCCACCGAUCGAGGGCGUGCAGGGAUCGGACUACAUCAACGCGAACUACUGCGACGGGUAUCGCAAGCACAACGCGUACGUGGCCACGCAAGGACCACUGCAGGAGACGUUCGGGGACUUUUGGCGCAUGUGCUGGGAGCUUAAAUCGUCCACGAUCGUGAUGAUGACGCGGCUAGAAGAGCGAUCACGCAUCAAGUGUGACAUGUACUGGCCGGCACGUGGCACCGAGGUGUACGGUGCCAUGACGGUGACCAUCACAGAAACGCAGGAACUGGCGACGUACUCGAUCCGCACGUUCCAGAUCUACCGCAACGGUAGCAACGAGCGGCGUGAGAUUAAACAGCUGCAAUUUACGGCUUGGCCCGAUCACGGUGUACCCGAUCAUCCGGCACCGUUCCUGCAGUUCCUGCGACGUACCAAAUCCCUCACGCCAUCGGAAUCGGGCCCGAUCGUGGUGCACUGUUCGGCAGGUGUUGGCCGGACCGGGUGCUACAUCGUCAUCGAUUCGAUGCUCGAGCGCAUGAAGUACGAGAAAACGAUCGACAUCUACGGGCACGUGACGUGUUUGCGAGCCCAACGCAACUACAUGGUACAGACGGAGGAUCAGUACAUCUUCAUCCACGACGCGCUGCUGGAGGCGGUGAUCUGCGGCAACACGGAAGUUCCGGCUCGUAGCCUGCACAACCACAUCCAAAAGCUGAUGCAAACGGAGCAGGGCGAGAACAUCACCGGCAUGGAGAUGGAGUUCAAGAAGCUGUCGAACGUGAAGGCCGACUCGACGCGGUUCGUGACGGCCAAUCUUCCAAGCAACAAGCACAAGAACCGCCUGGUGCACAUCCUUCCGUACGAAUCGUCUCGCGUCUGUCUGACACCGAUUCGUGGCGUUGAAGGCAGUGACUACAUAAAUGCCAGCCUUGUCGAUGGCUAUCGCUACCGGAACGCUUACAUUGCCGCCCAAGGACCUCUGCAGGAGACAGCGGAAGAUUUCUGGCGCAUGCUCUGGGAACACAACUCAACGAUUGUGGUUAUGCUGACAAAGUUGAAGGAAAUGGGACGGGAGAAAUGCUUCCAGUACUGGCCUCACGAGCGUUCGGUGCGGUACCAGUGCUACGUGGUGGAUCCGAUCGCCGAGUACAACAUGCCGCAGUACAAACUGAGGGAGUUCAAGGUUACGGAUGCCCGUGACGGCUCCUCACGUACGGUGCGCCAGUUCCAGUUCAUCGACUGGCCGGAACAGGGUGUGCCAAAGUCCGGCGAGGGUUUCAUCGACUUCAUCGGCCAGGUGCACAAAACGAAGGAGCAGUUUGGCCAGGAUGGCCCGAUUACGGUGCAUUGCAGUGCGGGUGUUGGCCGUACCGGCGUCUUCAUAACGCUCAGCAUCGUCCUCGAGCGGAUGCAGUACGAAGGGGUGCUGGACGUGUUCCAGACGGUUCGAAUACUGCGCUCCCAGCGGCCAGCAAUGGUGCAGACGGAGGACCAGUACCAGUUUUGCUAUCGCGCUGCGCUGGAGUACCUCGGCUCGUUUGAUCACUACGCCACCUAAAGGACGAAAACCUAAAUCGCAAGCUCCUGUAACUCCUGUGCCUGUACAGGAGUGUCAGCAUCAGGCAGCAGCAGCAGCUCCCUUCAUCAAAUCACAGGCUGAAAGCGAUCGAGGUUGGUGUUAUCUUGUUCCAGGU